AUGCAUCUCGUUCACGAAUCACGAACGACUUUCGCGAAGCUAUCGUGCGUUGGCCUUUUCGUGAACAAGUCAUCGUCUUCUUCUUUCUCAGUUGUGAAAGUGGAAGAAGAUUAUGAGGAUGCAAUUAUUGUACAAGAUUCUGGUGACGAGUGUGAGAAAACAAAAGGUGAAAAUAAAAAAUAUGCUUGUGGCAAUUGUUCGAGUGCUUUUGCCCAAAAGAAAAGUUUAAUGACACAUAUUCGUCAUGCAUGCGGACGUCCACCACGUUAUAAAUGUCCUUAUUGUAAACAGGUUUCGAAAAAAAUUUGGAACGUUCAACAACAUAUUCGAAGAAAGCACAUUGAUUUCAGAGUAGAGGAAAUUAUAAGCGGUGGAAGAUUUUUCUGUCCAAAAUGUGGAAAUUGCUUUAGAAGAAAAAAUGGAUUACGAGAGCAUACAAUUUAUGAAUGUGGAAUGGCACCGAGAUUUCGAUGUCCCUAUUGUCCGAAACUUUCAAAACUUCGAAAUUUUACAGUUGAUCAACAGGGGCAAUUAAUUCCAUGUUAUCCUGUUCGUUAUUCUGGUGAUAAUAAAAAAUUUCCCUGUUCACGUUGUAGCAGUUCAUUUACAAGAAAAAGUGGACUAAUUUAUCAUGAAAGAUAUGAAUGUAUGCAAUCACCUCGAUUUUCAUGUCCUUAUUGUUUUUAUAAGGCACGUCAUGUUUCAAAUGCACGAAGACAUGUUCCUUUAGAAAUGGAAUUGAUUCCACUAACGGAGUUACAAACCGGAAGAGCAUGGAGUCAACGAGACACCGCUAAUAUGGCUUUUCAGGGUGAUAGAGUAAUUUUCCCAUGUCCUAAUUGUCCCAAAGAAGCUGAUAACAUCAAUGCUGUUGAAGGUGAAAAAAUUGAAGACAAAGAAGAAAUAAUUGAGGAAUUUCAAAAUACUGAAGUGACAUCAAUGCAAAAAAUAAUGCCUUCGAAUGUUCAAGAGAAGAAUAAUUGGAUCAGAUCAAAUAUUAUGUUAACUGCGAAAAGAUCGCCAAUUUUAAAUCUUCCUCGCCUUGAAUCUAUCUACAAACAUUCCAAUAAACCAACAGAACUAACUCUACCAACAGAAUUAACAAAUAAAAACCAUAAUAUUGAAGAAAUUAAAGACACCGAUGAAAUUGAACAAGAAACAAGCACCGAUUUUGAUAAUUACGUUGACGUUGGUGCUAUUUCAGAUGAUGAAAUUAUUACCGAAAAUCAAGAAGACGUUUUAUCCGUUAUUCAACCGGAAAUCAAAUCAGAUUCAACAAUAGUUGAAUCAACAUUUGAGAGACGUUUGGCAUGUCCAAAUGGUUGUGGUAAUUUUUUUUACGUUAAAGCAGCAUUACAAAAACACAUUCGUUUCGAUUGUGGAAAAGUCUAUCCACGUCAUACAUUUCGUUACAAGUGUGCUUAUUGUGAUUCACGUUCAGAAUACAGUUACAGUAUUAUGCGACACAUCAGUAAACAUCAUCGAAUGCAAAAAGUACACGUCAUUGACACGUGGUUGAAGAAAAUUUUAGAGAAAAAAGAAACUCCCAAAAAAAUACGCGAAACAAAUGAUCCACCAUUGGAAACAAACGAAGCAGAAUGUAUCAAAAGACACGAGUGUCCAAAUAAAUGUGGAAUAACAUUUGAUCAUGUCUCAAAUAUAAGUCGACACAUUCGUAAAACAUGCACAAAAGUUCAACGCUAUCUUUGCCCCUAUUGCAAAUACAGAACAAGAACAUAUAAUCUAAUUAAGAAACACAUUGAAAUUAAUCAUAAACUCAGUAAAAUUUGUGCCAUCAAUGUUUUUACUAAACAAAUUGUCUAUAAAGAAAUGCGUCGUCGUAUCAAAUUAUCAGGUAAAAAAAAUGAUCCCACAACACCAGAGGAGGAAAUAAAUGAGGGAAAAAAGACAAAUAAACGAUUUCAAUGUCCCAAUAAAUGUGGAAUGACAUUUAAUUUUCAACAUACAAUGGAGAAUCAUCAACGUUUUGUAUGUGGUAAAAUGCGCUAUAAGUGUCCUUAUUGUUCGAAAAAAUGCCGUCAAGAAUGGGGUACAGUGACGCAUAUAAAACAUCGACAUCCUGAGAGAAAAGUAUUUGUCAUUGAUUUUCAUCGUAAGCAAGUGAUUUAUGAAAUUGCCGGCAGAAAAAUAUAUGUUGGUCCACUUGGCAGAAUCAGUGAUGUUCAAAAAAUGAAACAAUUUGCAUGUCCAAAUUGUCCAAAAUCAUUUGUUUGGGAGAGCACAUGGAAAAAGCAUGUCCGCAAUGAAUGUGGAAGAGAACCAAGAUUUCAAUGCAGUCAUUGCAAUUAUCGUUGCAUGUGGAAGGCAAAUGUUGUCAGACAUAUUAAAAGAAUGCAUAAGAAUUCAAAAAUUGACGUUGUUAAUUGCAGAACAUCGUAUACACGUUCAAUGGCACAUACAAGAAGAAAAAUUCAUCUAUCAAGAGCUGAAGGUACAAAUUUUCUGAGGAGGAAUAAUGUGUUCUCAUGUCCAAAUGAAGGCUGUCACAGUACAUUUGUUUGGAAACGAAAUCUAUUGAGUCAUCUUCGUUAUCAAUGUGGAAAAGCACCAAAAUUUAAAUGUCCCUAUUGUGAUUAUAAAUGCAAAGUUAGAGCAGGCAUUCGAAGACAUAUCAAAUAUAAACACAAAAAUCAUGAAAUAUUUGUUGUCGAUAUAACUCAACCAUGGAUUGUUGCACCUUGAAUGUUAUACAUUUUUUUUUCUAAGUUUAUAUGUGAUUUCACAAAUAAAUAUUCUCCGCAGGUUUUCUUGCAAAAUAUUUGAGUUCAAAAUUUUGUGGAGAACUUCAAAAAAUAGUAUAAAAAUUCAUUAUCAUGUGCAAGAAAUUAUUUUAAAAAAAAUUUUCAAAUAAUUUAUUUAAAAAAAAUUGCAUAUUUGAGAAAUUGAUCAAAAUUGUAUUAACGACAUUUUGAUUUUUCUCAAACUAUACAGUUUUUUAAAAAUAAAUUUAUUAACAAAAUAUUAAUAAAUUCUGUCACAUGAUCACGAAAAUUUUUAUACUAUUUUUAAAUUCUUUACAAAAUUUAAAAUUCAAUCUAUUAAAUAUUAUGCUAGAAAACUUGCGGAGAAAAUUUAUUUGUAAAACAAUCACACAUAACCUUAAGGCCAGAUCCAAGUGAAACAGCGCCAUCUACAUUGAAACUAAAAUUUUAGAAAAUUUUCAACAGCCUUUUCUUGAAAACAAGAAGGUAAAAUGCUUUUUCCUUUAUGGAUAAUUGAUUAUUGGCAAGAUAUACACCAGCUAAAACUUUUUUUGAGUUAAAAUAAUAAAAAUAAUUUCAUGUCAAUACAUUAAAUAUGAGCACUUUUUUCACAAAAACUGUAACAGUACUUUCUCAGAAAUUACAAUCAAAAAUGCAAUUUCCAUUUGGAAAAUUAAUAAACGCUAAAAAAUACACGACCUAAGAUUUACCAAUCACGAAAAUAACAAAAAAAAAUUUUAUUAAAUAUUUAACAUAUUGAUACUGCUUUACUGAUUGUGACAGCCCUUUGGUAGAUUAUGUAUUUCAGGUGGUUAGCAACAGCGCCAAUCUCCUCCUUUCGGCAAAACUGCGAAACGUCUGGUGACAUAUAUAACCUGCCAAACGGCUGUCAUAAUGAGUAAAAUAUGUUAUGUUAAAAUA